CUGGAGAGGACACUCUACCAGGUCUCGGAAGGAGUGGGCUAUCUCCAAGUGUGUGCUGUUGUGAUCCGUCCUGACGAGAAUACCGAUUGUCCCAUUGGUUUUGCUUUCGAGGUUGAACUCUCCACCAUCAAUGGCAGUGCAGUGCAAAUAAUGGACUAUGUCUCUCUUGACACGACACUGCAAUUUGCUGAAUGCGACAGAAUGAGCUGUGAAAACAUAACCAUCAAUGAGGAUGAAACACUAGAAAAUAUAGAGGCGUUCUUUGUCACUCUGGAGAGGAAUGGACUGGACAGUAGCAUCACUCUUAAUCCCACUCGUGCAGAGAUUGAGAUACGUGACGAUGAUGGACCUGUGGUGGGUCUGGAGGAGACGUUCUACACGACCGCAGAAGGAGUUGGCACGGUGGAAGUGUGUGCAGUUGUCUACAGCCCCAAUGGGAACCUUGCCUGUCCCAUUGACUUUGCCUUCAGUGUUGAACUUUUGACGACAGACGGUGAUGCAGUUUCUACCAUGGACUAUGACUCCAUCACCACUACACUUCCAUUUGGUCGCUGUGAUACACGGAGCUGUGUGGAUGUGCUCAUCACAGACGAUGAUGUGUUGGAAGAUACAGAGUCCUUCUUUGUUUCUCUACUGAGGAACGGGCUGGAUAGUAGGAUAACACUUGACCCAACUCAAGGAGAGAUAGAGAUUAUUGAUAGUGAUGAUGCCGUGAUAGGACUGGAAAGGACUCUGUACUCUAUCCAAGAAGGCUCUGCUCCAGCAGUGGAAGUAUGUAUCGUCGUGUAUAGGCCGACUGGGAUCUGUCCUAUUCCAUUCCCAUUCUCUGUCAUGUUCUCAACCAGCGAUCUCACUGCAGUGGUCGACAACGACUAUUUGGAUGCAGACACGAUCCAAAUCUUUGGAGCGUGUGCUACAAGGCGUUGCAUAUUUGUACCAAUCGUGGAUGAUUCCAUAGGAGAGCCUGAUGAACUCGUAUCUAUCUCUCUCGGUGAUCCCUCUGACAGUCGGAUAACCGCUUCACCACGACAGGGACUGAUUAAUAUAACAGACAUGAUUAUGGAAACUGAAUUUGUGAACGACACUGUGACUGGAGAUCCACUGAUGACUGUUCCUGUCGCUUUCCCCGAUACCUCCACUCUCUGCUAUGAGGUCCACGGAGAAUCCGACAAGUUCUUCAACCUCAUCAGCGAUAACUGCGUAUCGGUCAAUGCCCACUACGCCAGAUCUGGCAUCAACAACCCCAACAUUACUCUAAAUGUCAUCGACGCCGUGGGUAUUAGAGCCGUUUCUAACAAUGGGUCCUGUGUUAACAUUGGAGUCGACCUGGAAGGGUGCACGGCAAGCAUCAACGGCGUGGACCUGUCCAGCAUGUAUCGUGAGAAUGGGAUCGUGGUCCGCAAGUACUCGAGUCGUGUGAGGAUCACGGUUCCCAACUGCGAGGACACAGACCUGGUGAUGUGGGUCUUCUGUACCGGUGGGAGGACCGAAGACCCGUACACCUGGGAGUACUUCUCGUUCAACUUCCUCCGCUUUGUGGUCAUGCGUGGGAUCAACCUAAGGGAGGAAUCUCACGGUCUUCUUGGUAAACUACUUUCGUCAUGAGGUAUGUUCAAGAGAGUUGUCGUAAUGUUUUUCUCUUUCUCUAGGUCAGUUCUGGAAUAUCGAGAUCGAGGUGGGAGAGCACACCGACACUUUCAACGGAGCCUCCCGUUCAGACGACUACACAGUCACUGUGCAUCCCAAUGAUCCCAAUAAGAUAAGAAGUUUUGUGGCCCUCGUGUCGUCGGUCACGUGGGAGUUUGAGAAGAAGCCAUGUCUCUAUGUCGGGAACUCCCAGGCUGGGCCGCUUGGAGAGGAUGUGACUCCAAACGAGUCUGUAAUUGAGGGAACCUACAAGGAUUACAUGGUCGACUCCAUGUUUUCUCCUAAUUUCAAGUUUGCACAUAUUGACCAAGACAACUGUAUGGCCAAGUAAAGAAAAAACAUGAUGGACAGUUAUGUGUAGCAUGGACGCUAAAUUUUGUAGGUUAGUUAUGGACUUUGCGUUGUAUAAUUUUGUGAAUUCUAUAAUAAUGGAUUUUGUAGCAUGAACAUAAA